CUGGAGAAAGCCUCUACCAGCUCUACCGCCUCUACACAUCACAAAUGUCCUAUAUGUUUCUUGAACGGAGUGCAAUCAGAUGCAAUGUGCCGCGUGUCUCUUAUCAAUGAAUAUCAUUGGAAAAACUGAUAAAUUAAAGUAGAUAAACAAAAAAAAACUACAAUAAAACAAUCAUUAAUAAUUGUGCGCGAAAGACAAGUAUAUGUGCUUAUCAUAAUGUGAAACUUGUUAGUAUGCACAGUUUGACAGCUGACGUUUCGUAACUCAGAAGAAAACUCAUGUUUUUCAAUCUCUUUUUAAUAAUAUAAUCGAUACUAUUGUGAAUGGUGAAUUCAUGUUUUCAAUCGUGAAAUUUUUGUGUAUGACGUUUUUUAUGCUUUUGAAUUACAAAUGACAACAAAUUCUUUUAUUAUGAUUGACACGAAUGCUGUCAUUCGAAGGCUCAGAAGAAUGUUAUUUUAACGCGCCUAGUGAUCUGCUAGAGAUAAGGAUUGUUCGCAGGAGAUAAAAAAAAUCAUAAUAAUAAUACGCAAAGACACGCUAAAUAGAAUAAAAAUGCUUAACCGAUUCAAGUCGGUUUUGAUGAAUGCUGUUGGGGCUAGUGAAUUGAGUUUACAGUACAAUCAUGAUUCUAAUAAUGAAAAUGCUUCAAAUUAUGUUUCAUCAAAUGUUGUUAUCGAGGCUAAGCCUUAUAGCAGACCAAGCUUUUUGGGCUUAACCAACGAGGAAAUGCAGGUGAGUGCCGAUCACAGAGUACGACCAAUAAUAGUACCAAGAGAUUUGAGUCGUUUGCCAUGGUGCGCCGGAUACGCGGAAUGCAUAAAUGCAGGAAAGAGUACCUGGAACGAGGAUCAAGCCGCUGCAGUAAGAGGAGACUUGAAGCUGUCAAACAGCGACAGUGGACUGCCGUAUAUUAUGUUUUCUAUGUUUGACGGACAUGCUGGAUAUCUGGUCGCACUUACUGCAAGAUUGCAUCUUCAUCGUAUUAUACUGGAAAAGUUGAAAGCGAUACCGGAAAACAUGUUACUGAGUGAAAAUGAGGAAAAAUUCGUGAAAGGCUGUGACCUCGUGGUUGGUGCAAUAGAAAUGGCAUAUCGACAAAUGGAUCAAAUGGUAGAGCUCCAGGCUCUCCUCGGAGGUGGGGGUUGCACAGCAUUGAGUAUAUUAUUCUUGAAUGGAAGGUUAUACGCAGCAGGCGCGGGAGAUUCCAGAGCGACACUCGUCUACGGCGAUACACAGAAAGCUUUGACACGCGAUCACACUCCAGAUUCCGAAUCGAAUCGCGUGCGUGCAUUGGGCUCGCUCAAGGGCGGCGAGUUGUUACAGGGACAUUUUACACCUCUGGAAUUUCGGAUACGCCCACUGCAACGUGAAUUGGGCUCGAUGGUUUUGUACCGCGAACCUUAUAUGACCGGCUGGGCUUACAAAGUAUUGACCCAUCCGGAUCUUCGAUUGCCUCUCAUAUCCGGCCAUGGAAAAAGAAGUCGGGUCAUGGGAACGAUAGGCGUGACCCGCGGAUUCGGUGAUCACGGUUUGAAAGCGGCCAAUACCGGGGUCAAUAUAAAACCCUUUUUGUCCUCUCAACCGGAAGUUCAAUCGUUGAAUUUGGAGGAGUACGAUUUAACUGAACGUGAUUGCGUGGUUAUAGCGACCGAUGGUCUUUGGGACGUCGUAUCUGAUAAGGAAGCUGCCAAUAUUGUCCGAAAAAUAUUAGCCCCUGAUACCCCAUCUUUGGAGUACAGAUUGACGAUGGCAGCGCAGGAAUUGGUGCAGGCAGCGCGUGGUCGUUUAAUCGGGCGCAUAUGGCGAGGAAAAUCAGAUAACCCAGAAGAGAGCGAGGAAAAAUAUCUACCAAUGGCGUCGGUGGACGACAUAAGUGUGAUGGUCGUGCCUCUGUAUCCUUAUUUGUGCGAGCAUAGACAAUGGUUGAAAAAUAUGCAGCAGGAACGAAUGCAAUAUUCGUCGGAAGUGGCGACAGUGUCUGUGACCGAGAAUUCGCCUUCUUAAUGCAGUGAUAAAGAAGAGGCGAAAGAAAAACUCUAGAAAUUCCGGAACGUCUGUGGACGCAGAUAAAAAUGGGAGAAAAUUUCUACCGAUAGUCUCAGCUACGCGAAUAGCUUUUCGUUUCUUGUUUCUUGCCACUCCCAUGAGAGGAAUGACAUGUUAUUCGAUAUAAUUCACGUUUUGUAACGAGCUUUACUGCGAUUGAGUCUAAAGUCUUAUAUAUGGCUUUUAUUUUAGCUGUUUUAUCCGAGAAACUAUUUUCCACGUGUUUCUUGUCUAGCAAUGUAAAAGCACAGUACAUUCCAUCGAACAGUUGAAUGAAAUAACUUUCCAAGUUGUACUUUUCUCACCUUCUCAUAAUCUAAAGUUCUUUUUCCUUCAAUACCAGAGCAUGUGACUAUUUGGCAUUGGAAAAAUCAAAAACACGUCUUUAUUUCUAUUCUUAAACUUGGCUGAUGUUCCUAUUAUUUUUCUUCUUAAGUCUGUCGUUGAAAAAACAGCUCAACGAAAUUCCAUUGAAUAUCAGAACGGUCUUAAAAAAGCGUACAAAAUUGAAUGCAAACUGAACAAUCAGAACGAGCGUAUUGAACUCGCAGGAAACAGCAAACAAACAUGUUCAAUGUUUGCUGAGAAAAAGGAUUCACGAGUAUCGUGUUUCAACGAGAACAACGGAAAAUCAAACGACAAAUGAACUUAUAUCGUGUUAAAGUGGCUCGUCGAUUAAAGGGGCGGUGCCCAUUGAUCUUCGAACGAGAAUCAAUCAUUCCACGAGUGUAUUAAUAAAAUUGACCAAAGUCUGACUGGUCGAUUCGGCCCCUCAAUCGAAGCCUGAUUUUAUGUAUAUAAUACAUGAUACAUGAAUAUGAUUUUUAGCCCCGAUUCUUUCAUUUUUUUUUUUUAAACAAGUAUAAAGGGGUUAAAAAUAUUGUAAAUAUCAGAGAAUACGAUCGAUAUACAUAUUAUUUUUGACAGUACAAUUGCAACAAAUAUUGUAUACGUGUGACAAUUUCAUGUACGCCGAUCGCCCCUAUAGUAAAAAUUAUUAUUAUUAUUAUUAUUAUCAUUGAUAUUAAUAUUAAUAUUCAUAGAAUAAAUGAAUAUGUCAUACACCA